UUUCCUCAUAUAGUCAACAAGGCAACCGGGGUUUCUGUCUAUUGUGCGCAAACGGACGGCAAUUGCGUCGGGAGUAUUUUGUUUUUGUGCAGGACUUUUAAAACUACAAACUCUUUUUGAAAAAAAAAAUUGUUUCAACAAUUUCAUGGUAGCUGAAAGUUACCUGUUUCAGACCUUUGUUUUAUUUACUGAGAGGAAACAUUGCGGGAGUGUUUUUAUAAACACACACAGAUACACGCAUCCCCUCAUGGACAGGACUGAGAACUGAAAUAAAACAUGUUCCUUUUCUCUAACAUGGCUCCAAAGUGAACCAGAGCAAGGUCUUUACUUUCAGCUCUUUGGUGAGACCAUGCUGCUUUGCAUAAGAUGACUGACAUAAAUCAAGAGCAUUUAAAGGAAAACAGGAAGCAUGUGGGCAAAACCCUGGACUGGACCUACAUCGAAUGGCACGAUAAGGACAUGGCAAAAACUGCGGAUGCCCACACCCAAACAUCUCACGAGCCAGUCGUGGACAAAGAGACCCAAACUUCUAAUCUGUUCCCGAUGCGGAUUGAGCUGUCCCGGACGUCGUCUAGACUGAGAUGUGGCUCGUUGAAUGAGGUGGACACCAUGCCCACACCUCUUUUUCAGUUUGACAGACAGGCGCCUGCUCGCAUCUCUACUUCUCCCACUCUGAGGAGAAUGAGGAGCACCAGGGUUCCUUGCCGUGAAGCAGUGAGGAUAGACAGCACUCAGGAGGAACCUGAUGCGACUGAGUCGUCCUCACCCAGGAGCCCUCUGUCACCUGUACAUCGUCAAAAAUCUCCUCUUGCUACCAUUGUGAACCAGUCUAAUGGGGACAGUGAUCACAAUGGUCUCUCCAAUGACUUGGUGACUCCUGGGAAAGUCAGAUCUUAUAGAUCAAAGACGAUCAGCAGCACUGGCCUUCACGUGAAGCAGGAGUUUAUGAAUUUGAAUGAAAGUGCUAAUACUGAGGGUGAUACUGGAGAGGUGAAAGAGCCAAGUCAUAAAAGCAGACUGCAGGAAAGAAGGCGGAGCUCUGUAGUAGUCACUCUUCCUGGAUUGGAUGUAUCUCCUGGUGAUCUUUUUGUUACUAAUGGUGCUGUCGAUAUUUUGAACCGCUCCACUUUUUCAGAUACGAAGAAAUCAAAGUGGCCUUUCUCAAAACGCACUAUGAAUAAAGGCAGGACACGUGUAGCGGCGGACAUUGAAAAAUGUUUAACAGCCAUUCAGAUCCAGGAGUGGAGAAAUACACAUUUCCAGCAGUACAAGGAUUUGACUUUGGAGGAAUUUCUAAGAAGUCAGCCUGAGCUGAGGGCAGAAGAAGAGCCAAAAGCACACAAAAGACAGGAGGCCCUCUGGGAGCUCUUCACUAGCGAGUGUGUGUACUUCCUAGACCAGUUAAUGGUGCUGAAAGAGGUAUUUCUGUCCACUCUGACAGAGCUGCAGAUAAGGGAGUGUCUACAAGAUAUUGACUCCUGGGCACUCUUUGCCAAUCUCAAUGAGCUGUGCCUGGUUAGUUUUGGCUUCUUGACCAGUCUACUGCGUGUGGUUAAAGAUUUGUGGGCCGCACCAGACACUUCAGAAACCAAUACAACACAGGCCCUGCUGGCCAUUCUCAACAAGGCUUUUAGUGAGAGCAUAUGUCACUGUCUGCAAAAAUACUGUCUGAACUACAGCAAAGCCAUUCUAUAUUUAGACACCUUGAAGACCAGAGAGGACGUCAGCUCUUAUGUGAAGUGGUGCGAAAGGAAGGAACAGUGUCGUAGGCUGCAGCUGAGGGAUCUGCUGGUGACUCCUUUACACAGGUUUACACGUUAUCCUCUCAUCCUGAAGAACAUGGAGAAGAGGAGUUGCACAGAGGCAGAGGAGGGUGCCUUACGGAGCAUAGUGGAGCUGGUGGACAGAGCCAUAUAUGAUCUGGAGGGCAAGGUGAAGUGGUUGGAUAACUAUCAGAAAGUCAAGCAGCUCAAGGAAGUCUUGGUGUGGCUCCCAGUGUGGGAAGCAGACAAGAAGGCACACGUUCCAGAGAAUCUGAAACACUUGCUGAAAGCUGUGACUUUGGAAAACCUGAUCUCUCACCGGAGUCUCCGAUAUGAGGGGAAGCUCACACUUAUAGAGAACUCAAAGCUGAUUGAGAUCCACCUGUUUCUGUUUGAUGAAUUCCUCCUGAUCACCAAAGUCAAACGAAAUAAAAAGAAGUCUGUAGCUGGAGAGAUGCACCCUGUGCGUUCUGCGGGUGGUCAGGAGCUCGAGCAGUUACUGCAGGAGGGCUGCAGCUUCACCGUGCUGGAUCAACCCAUCUCACUGGACCGUCUGCAGCUCAGGAACAUAGACCAGCUUAACGCUACAGCCUCUGGCCUUCCCUGUUCUUUCAUUAUAAUGCACCAGAAUCGUUAUCAGCAGUGCAUCGGCGUCUUCAUUCUGCAGGCCCCGGCCGAGUCGGUUAAGAAAGCUUGGCUGUCUGAGAUCGAGGAGGCGGUCGGUGCUCUGCUGAAGCAGGAAUCUCAGCACCCGAGGCUGAAGAGCUCAUCGCUUUACGUGGAGUCUUCACAGAUCUGAGUCACGCAAAGGGAGGACGUGACCCUCGCCAGAACUGCUGCUGUGUGACAUCACAUGACUGGGACCAAUAAUAUGGGUUUCUACUUGACUGGCCAAGAUCCCAGCCUGAUUCUAGAGUCUUACAUUUGACCUUCAGAUCCAUGUUAAUCCACACGAAGAGGUUUAUUCAGGCCAGACAGCAGCAUUGGGGCAAAGUCCACUGUGUCACCAAUAACAGAAUGAAUCUGCUGUGAUGCAAACUGAACUGUUCCUGUAACCCGACACCUACUAAACACUAAAUGUGGCAGGAGGUGGAAUAUUACUGCUCUGAAAUUCAGCCAAAAUGGACGCUCCUGCUCCGAGGUGUAGAUUAGUAUUAGUUGUGUUUAUUUGUUUUUUCUUUUUUGUUUGUUUUAUUAAAGUUUCCUUUGAAACUGAAAUUCUGUGGCCUUCUUUUAUACUUGAUUGUAAAAGGUAGUAUUUAUAAAGGUGGCCUUUUGUGCACUACUCGAUAGGAGGAUUUCAUGAUAAACCCACACAUUUAUAAUAAAAGGUAAAAAAGGAACCAGC